AGCGGCGCGCUGAGGCUACAAGUGCCACGGCUGGUAAUCGGAAGACUUUCCCGUGGAGCCGCGCAGGAACAGGCGCGCGAUGCUCCAGCCGCACGUGGUGGUCAAAGCAGGGGAAACUUGCCUUCUUAUUUGAGGGAUCCUGUCACAGUAAUGUGUGAGUCCUUGGAUAAAUUUGGCUUGGUGACGGCAAUGCUUUCUUCAGAGACACUGCUACUUCCUCUGUGCUUCUUUUCUACCCUGACCUAAGUUUCUCAGUGUUAAUCCCGGUGAUAAGUCAGAGGAUUUGCCCUCUUCAUACUUUCUUGCCACUAGGUAUCCUCUCCUUUCUUUUACUCCUUUUAGAGGAAUUGGGGCUGAGGUGUCUACAGUUGUGGCUGAAAAGGAGAUGGGGACCUCAGGAGCGAUACUCUUGGUAGUGCAGCCUUAGCUCUUGUUGGGUUCUUAUCUGUGUUGCUGUUGGCAGAAUUCUCAGAAGCUGCUGGGGGAUGUCUGACUAGCUCCGAUGGAGCUCCACUCCCUUGCUAAGAAGAGCAGCCAGGCUGUCCUGUGCGAUGCUGGGGACUGGCAUUCAGGAGGCCCUCCUGAUAGCCAGGCAGAUGCAGUAGCCAUCAAAGCUGCUCUCUGCUGCCAGAGACACUGUACGUCAACACCAAAAGCAGCUGAGAUUGAAGGAUCUAAACUUAGUCCUUCUCCAGCAUCCCCCUCCUCCUCUUUGCAAGACAGAGUUAUUCAGACAGACUCCUUGCCACCAGGACCUCUCAACUCAGGGAACAACCAAAUAACAGCAGGGCGGAAAGUCUGCAACUGCUGCAGCCAGGAAUUAGAAACUUCUUUUACCUGUGUGGAUGAGAAUGUCAACUUAGAGCAAAGGAACCGAUGCUCCCCUUCAGCAAAAGGGAGCAAUCACCUGGGAGACGUUGGCUGGGGAAAUCCAAACGAGUGGUCCCAUGAGGCUGCCAUAUCCUUGAUAUCCGAAGAUGAGGAUGAUGUAAGUUCGGAAGCCACAUCUUCAGGGAGGUCAGUUGACUAUGGUUUCAUCAGUGCCAUCUUGUUCUUGGUCACUGGCAUCUUGCUGGUGAUCAUCUCUUACAUUGUUCCACGGGAAGUGACUGUGGAUCCCAACACCGUGGCGGCCCGGGAGAUGGAACGCUUGGAGAAGGAGAGCGCAAGGUUGGGGGCUCACCUGGAUCGCUGUGUGAUUGCGGGACUCUGCCUGCUCACUCUUGGGGGGGUCGUUCUGUCCUGUUUGCUGAUGAUGUCUAUGUGGAAGGGGGAGCUAUAUCGUCGCAACAGGUUUGCCUCUUCCAAAGAGUCUGCAAAACUCUACGGUUCUUUCAACUUCAGGAUGAAAACCGGCACGAAUGAAAACACCCUGGAACUGUCCUUGGUAGAAGAAGACGCUCUUGAUGUACAGAGUUAAUUCUGGUUGUGAACUUCUUGAGGGUCUGCGUUAGCAUUUUCUGUGAAAACCAACCAACCAACCACUUUUCUUAAAAUUAACAGUGCAGUUUAUUUGCUUGUCAGGAAAUGCUCAUUUCACAAACCAACA